CACCGUAAGGUUCGGUACUCUUCCGAUCACUUCCCGCCUCAAGAAAGUCCCUUACCUACUCAGCGGCUAAUAUCAUUGCAGAGGCCAUAUCAAGCCUCGAAAAAGCGUGGACUUUGAUGUGGUUCGGCAUUGCCAACCACAUAACUGGAAGAUGGCUUCUAGCCCUGGGCCUCCCUCGCCCCAGGACCUGACGGCCGCAACACCGUCUCUGGCUGUGAAAGCAGGAAACCCCCUUUCCUCCAAGGUCACGACAGUAUUGUCGUCGUCCUAUGCGGAUACCGAGUUUCGGGAGGCUCUUGCGCUCCUGGAUGAGCGGGGCACGCUUAACACGGCAGAGACACGCCGACAGUUGCGCCUGGACCUGCAGAAGGAGGUCUUGGACAGAAAUGGCGAGAUCAUCGACGAGUUCGCUAAGGUUGCCGAGCAACUUCGGCGCAUUGGCAGUACGCUUGGCCGGCUGAAUGACAGCUUCAACGAGAUGAAGACACAGAUUGGUGCAGCCCACGAGGCCACGGCGUCAGCCCUGACCGAGGCCUCCAAGCUCAUGACUCAACGGCGCCAGGUUGAGCAGAAACAGGCGCUCCUCAACGCCUUCAAUGCGACCUUCGUACUGUCGGAGGACGAGACGGCAGCCCUGACGCUGACCUCAGAGCCCGUGGACGAAUUCUUCUUCGCUACGCUUGCAAAAGAGAAGAGGAUCAGCAAGGACUGCGAAAUUCUACUUGGCUUUGAGAACCAGACUUUGGGUCUGGAGAUCAUGGAGCGGACGACCAGAAACCUAAAUCUGGGCUUCCAAAAGCUCUACAAGUGGGUUCAGAAAGAGUUCAAGACGCUCAACCUCGAGAACCCUCAGAUCAAUUCCUCAGUACGUCGGGCGCUUCGUGUGUUGGCCGAGCGACCAAGUCUCUUUCAGAACUGCCUCGACUUCUUCGCCGAGGCACGGGAGCAGGUGCUGUCCAACUCGUUUUACACAGCCUUGACGGGAAGUUCGCCUUCCGGAGUGGAGCGCCCCUCGGUUAAGCCUAUCGAACUUGUGGCGCAUGACAGUUUGCGGUAUGUCGGGGAUAUGCUUGCCUGGGCGCAUUCUGCGGCUGUCGGAGAGCGCGAGGCGCUGGAAGGCUUGUUCAUCGGGGACGGCGGCGAAAUGGCCAAGGGUAUCCAAGCUGGCCGAGAAAACGAAGUCUGGCGGCUUGCCGCCGAAGAGGGCGAGGAGUCAAACGAAUUCGACGCCGUGAAGACCCUGAAUGAACUGGUUGACCGCGACAUGUCCGGGGCGGCUCGCAUGCUACGCCAGCGGGUCGAGCAAGUCAUACAGACCAACGAGGAGACAAUAUUGGCAUACAAGCUUGCAAAUCUGCUCAACUUCUACAAGAGCACAUUCGCGAAGCUCCUCAGCCCAGCAUCUGCACUUGUGGAAUCGCUGGGGUUGCUCGAGGCCGAGGCGCUGCGGCAGUUUCGCUCGCUGGCCCGCGACCACGUCGCAGCAAUCCAGGGCGACUUACAACAGAUGCCUGCCGAUCUACGCCCCCCCGAGUUCCUUAUCGAUGCGCUGGAACAGCUAACAGCUAUCAUGAGGACAUACGAGGCUUCGUUUACCGCUUCGGCCGGUUCGGAAGAGGACUUUGAGCCUGUGUUGGCGGAAGCAUUUGACCCCUUCAUUUCCGGCGCCGCCAACAUGGCUGGGACACUACGCAGCCCGUCGAAUUCCAUCUUCCUGAUCAACUGUCUCGCAGCCGCAAGGAGCAGUCUCUCACAGUUUGGUUUCACGCAGCGGCGCGCGGCGAUAUUGCAAGCGCAAAUCGAGGAUGAGAGGUCACGCCUGGUGGAGGCGCAGUAUCGGUCCUUACGAACCGAAUCUGGACUGGACGGCCUGAUCGUUUCGCUGGAGCCUCUGAGGGAGAACGAAGAAGACGUGGCGAAAGUGCGAUCGCUCGAGGCCGUACAAGCCCCAGCGCUGGCACGGGCAAGCCAGACGCUGGACGACUUUCUCCCGUCGGCCUUGAUGGAUGCCAUGGAGAAGCUGAGGAACUUGCAGGACUCGAGGCUGGCUCAAGAAAUCACCGAGGAAGCCGCCGAGAGAUUGUGCGUGGACUUCGAGCAUGUCGAGGAGAUGCUGAUGCUCGCAGACGAGAUGGCUGAGCAGCAGCAUGGGGAGUCUGACGAUUUUCAGAGCCUUCGGGCCCUGUUUCCCAGGACCUCGGGCGAGAUUCGUGUUCUGCUCUCAUAGCUGUCUUUCAUGGCGAGAAUGCACCACUUUGAAUCCGAGCGAGAUGACAGCUUUGUUCUGUCUACCUAGUUCUGCCCGUGUUGCUGUGAAACGGGGCGGUUAAUUACAAUCAUAGGGAUACAAUACAGUAAGGUAUCUUGUACGGAAUACCUGGUUCGUUGCCAAUAUGACUCCGUACGGAAUACCCGACAGUCCCUUGCUCAACCGCAGCUACGUCACGGCCCCGCAUGCCUGCUUCCUCACUGCCGUCUU